AUUGUUUUGUCCUCUUCUGUAAUUUCAAUUUCUUCUCUUAUAUCAUUCUUGUAUACAACAAGAACGUAAAUCACAUAUGAGUUCAUCAUAGUUAUACAAAAAAAUCGUUAAUGGGUGUUCCAGAGCCUGUUCGCAAUGACCCUUUUCCUGAAAAUCGCCGUGAAGACGAUGCUGGUGCUGCUUUUGUUCUGGAAUCAAAAGGGGAAUGGUGGCAUGCUGGAUUUCAUUUGACGACGGCGAUAGUAGGACCAACGGUGCUGACAUUGCCGUAUGUUUUCAGAGGUUUAGGAUGGGCAUUGGGGUUUAUUUGUUUAACGGUGAUGGGGUUGGUUACUUUUUACUCAUAUUAUCUCAUGUCUUUGGUUCUUGAUCACUGUGAGAAGUCCGGUCGCCGGCAUAUCAGAUUCAGAGAACUUGCUGCUGAUGUUUUAGGUUCUGGCUGGAUGUUUUAUUUUGUGAUAUUUAUUCAGACAGCAGUUAACACUGGCAUUAGCAUAGGAGCAAUUCUGCUUGCCGGAGAAUGCCUUCAGAUCAUGUACUCCGAACUUUCACCACACGGGCCACUGAAAUUGUAUCACUUCAUUGCAAUGGUUACAGUAAUAAUGAUAUGUCUCUCUCAAUUUCCGUCCUUCCACUCCCUGAGGCACAUCAACUUAGCAUCGUUGUUUCUGAACUUGGGCUACACUUUCCUAGUUGUUGGUGCUUGUAUUCGUGCUGGUACUUCAAAAAAUGCACCUCCGAGGGAUUACUCCUUAGAAACCUCACACCUAUCACGGUUAUUUAGCGCUUUCACGUCUAUCUCCAUUAUUGCAGCCAUUUUUGGGAAUGGAAUACUACCAGAAAUACAGGCAACUCUCGCGCCACCAGCAACAGGAAAGAUGUUGAAAGGCCUUAUGUUGUGCUACUCUGUAAUCUUGGUUACUUUCUACUCUGCAUCUGUUUCCGGAUAUUGGGUUUUUGGAAACAAAUCCAAUUCAAACAUUCUAAAGAGCUUAAUGCCGGAUGAAGGACCUUCCUUGGCACCGACAUGGGUAUUAGGUCUUGCAAUUGUCUUUAUUCUUCUGCAGCUCUUCGCCAUUGGUUUGGUAUAUUCUCAAGUUGCUUACGAAAUCAUGGAAAAGAACUCGGCUGAUGCAAACAAGGCUGUGUUCUCUCUUAGAAACCUAAUCCCCCGAAUAAUCCUCAGAACGUUGUACAUGACACUUUGCGGGUUCUUUGCAGCUAUGUUGCCAUUCUUUGGUGACAUUAACGGUGUUGUAGGAGCUGUUGGCUUUAUACCUCUCGAUUUCAUUCUCCCAAUGCUACUUUACAACAUAACUUUCAAACCAAAGAAAUCAUCUAUUACCUUUUGGGUAAAUACUUCUAUAAUGGUUAUAUUCUCUUGUGCUGGUCUUCUUGGAUCCUUUUCUUCUAUAAGAAAGUUGGUUCUAGAUGCCAAUAAAUUUAAGCUUUUUAGUAGCGACGUUGUUGAUUAACCUCUUGUUUAGAUGACAAAUGUAUACUAUUGUGCUUAGCCAUAUGUAUGAAAGUUGUUGAUAGUGAGGUUUCCGACCCCAACUAGCUUGGGAUUGAAGCGUAGUUGUUGUUUAUAUGUAUGGAAGUUGUAUAUCUAUCGAAUUGCGGGAAUAUGUAUUUCAACAAGUAGUUUUCUGGUCUCUACAUCAACAUGAUAUAUACCUGUUUGCUUA